AUGGCCUCCACGAGUGCGGCGGCCUCCUGCUGUGUCCACUCUCUCCGAUCGGCGUCUCUCCGGCGGAGCUUUCCCGUGUUCGGAGGACGAGUUGUUCUCCCGGCUGGCCGCGGCAGAGUUAGAGUUGGAGUUGGGACGGGAGCCAUGGCCUGCGCCGCUGAUGGCGUCUCGAAGCUCCUGGAAGCCGCCAAGCACACGGUGAGCGUUCUCGAACCUGAUGUCCAGUAUAUGAUCGGCGGUGGAAGAUCUUUGGAUGAUUAUUAUUACUAUUGUUAUUAUUAUUAUUAUUCGGUUAUUUCUGCGUCAGGAUUUUCUGGUAUCGAAUGGAGAAAGUAGAUUAUACUUGAAGAAUCUGCUAAUCCUGCCUCUGUGAACAGACUGAUCAUAUGAAGGAGAUUAGGAAUUUUUGGAUGAGGAUUUGUUUUCUGUUUCGGUCACUUCUGUGUCAGGAUUUCUCAUCUGCUCGUGAUCUUUUCGGUCAUGAGAGGUGAUGUGAGGCGAUUUGAAUGGGAUCAAAUGGAGAGAAUAGAUCAUAGUGAGGAAGUCCGUGGCGGAAUGGGCGACCAGGAGCGUCGUCCGCCUCCUACGCGCGACGGCAUGGCUGGAGGCGCGCAGUGCCGUGCUGAAAAGUGUUGGCACUGAAGACUUUGGUAAUCUUGCCUCUGUGAACAGGGCGACUAAUAAUACGAAAGGAGAACACAACACCAUUCCCGUCCUCUGGUUUCCUUCGAUCCACGAUUGAUUUACGCGAACUGCUCAGCGGGAUAUUUUUUAUUUGUUUCAUUUUUCGUUCCCCUAUGAUUUUAAUAUCACAAGACUGAGUACAAUUUGGUGAUCUAAUUAUAUGUUCUAGGAUUAAUAUACGUUCUAUAUCAAUCCUUCCAGGUUGAUAAUUACAUCAAGAACGGGAUGAUGGUUGGAUUGGGCUCUGGUCCCGCUUCCUGUAUGGCUAUUCAUUACCUGGGCGGGCUAAUGAAGGAAGGAGCUCUGACUGACAUUGUUGGGAUCCCCACGUGAGUCAAUUCUCUGAAUCUCAUCCCCACUUUCCAUAUCGUUAUGUUGGUGUGGUCCAUGAAACAAAUACUAGUCCAUUUCAUAUUGAAAUCACUGCUGCCUCAUUGAUGAAUAGUGACCUAGCCACUGUUUGCAUAGAUAUCAAUGGACUCUACCCUUAGCUCUCCCAGGCUCAGCCAGACUCAGCCAGAUGCAUUACCUACUGGAAGCGGGAUGAGUUAGCUGUGGAAUAUGUCAUCUGUGGAAGGCAAGACUGCCGGUUUGGAUGUUUUGUUGUGCAGGGGAGACUGCUCGCAUGCCAGAUGAUGAGUGGCCUGCCAUGUGGGAGCCCCAUGGCCGGAAUCCUGGGCUUGUUGGUCUAUAUAGACAUCUCUGUCUGAAAUCCAUGUCUCCGAGAUACACCCAAUAAGAUGUUCUGGGAUGCAUGAGCGAACAGUUUUGCACCAAUGAGCAACACAAUUUCAUAAUUAGAUCAAUUUAAGAAGCCUCAUCGAAUAUCAUGGCUGGUUUGGUGUUCGAAGCUCAACAUAUUAUCAUAAACUAGCAUGCAAUUAUGCUCUUUAUAAUCCCCUCACUUAUAAUCUUUUUUAUAAAUCUCCGAGAAUCAAUGACCCCUUGCUGCUCAUCACUGCAGGUCCAUUUCCAGUGCAAGUGAAGCCGCGAAAGCUGGAAUUCCACUCGACCACUUCCGAGAUAGUCUUCAAGUGUGCACAAAUUCUUGUCGCCCAAUAAGUUGGUUGCAUUUGUUUUAGGUUCUGUGAGUAUUAUAACAUGUCGGUCCGACAGCUCCCUGACACCAUGACACCAUGCCAGAUCAUUAAGCACCACCCAUGGAUGUUCUCAACUGAACUGACCGCGUUGACUAUUUUCCAGAUUGACUUUGCCUUUGACGAUGCCGACGUCGUCGAAGAGGGAACACUGGCCGCUGUCAUCGGUCGAAGAAAACUCGAGGGAGGGGAGUCCAUAAUGGAAGAGAAAGUGAGGAGCUCUACACUCUCUCCUAUUCCUUGUAGUGGUAUCUUACAGCGGCUCUUGUAUGGCAGUCCAUCAUAAGAUCAGCUGGUCAGCUAGCAUUCAUCGUUGACGAAGACCAGUACAGCAUAAAUCCUGACGGGUCCGUACCGGUUCUAAUCGAAUCCGUAAGUAGAAUCAUCUUGAACAGUAUGGAUUCCAGAAAAUAUGGCAUCGUGGUUUGACCUAAUGGGUGCUCAAAAGAACAGGGUAAUUGGCUGGAAACCGCCGAAGAAAUAGAUGAUCUGUUCUUGGGCGACGCAGAGGUGACCCCCCACUCUCUUGAGCUGCUCCUUUUGGUUUGUCAAAUCAAUGAGAAAAAAUGAAAAAUAAAACAAAUUGAAGCUGCUGCAGAUCGGAUGAUAUAAACCUCUUCCCUGCUAACAUGUUUAUAUCUUAACACGUUACAUUCAGAUGAUUUUCUAUGAUUCUUGCGAGGGAAAGCUGUUGACUCUGGUCUAAGCUCGCAGGUCUGGAGGAGACCGGCCACCGGAUACGCAGGUCCAUCGGGGGGGGACUUCCCAUUGGUCACUAAGGAAGGGCACCACGUUCUCGACGUCAUCUUCACCUCCCCCAUCCGUGAUCUGAGUACGUCAGCUUUUCUCUCUCUAGGUUUUUGAAACGAUCUCUGGAGUCCCCUUCUUUCUCUCUCUCCUUUCUGCUCACGUUGACGAGGCCCUCUUCUUUCUACGCAGCUCAAGUGGCUGCGGAGCUCGACCGGAUCGACGGAGUGGUGGACCAUGGAGUAGUCUCCGGUCUCCCGUAAGUCCAAUCCCCUUCCCACUUUUUUGGUAUAUAUUCUCGUUCUGUAUUCGUGUUCUUUCCAUUUUUGGAAAAAAAAGCGUAAGUCAACGUACGGGUGGGUCCCGGGAGAGCUGGGGGGAAGAGUAGGAACUAGUGGCUACAAAGUGGUUGAUUGUGUGGGCAGCGGGCUCAUGGGCUCUUCUUGGGCCGGGCCUAACCUUGAGGCCCAAAUUUAUAAAAAAAAUAUUUACGCGGGCCUUUUUCCGGUGGUACCCACCUUUGACUUUUGCCUGAUCUUCUUCUCUCUCUCAUCUCCGCAGCUGCACUACGGUAAUCGCCUCAGAGGACGGCUUGCGCGUUGUGGACAAUUUUCCGGUCAACGCUGCAAGCCCUUAG